AUAGUAAACGUCAGGUGAUUACAGUAGCACGUUGUUGCUUGCAGCAGUAGCGUACACGCGCACCGUGUCUUUUGCUAUUCCUUAUUUAGCAGUACGCGUUAUUAAAUGUACAACUGAUUCAUUUGUUUAUCGCUCGUGCUGUAAUGGCGGAACAGAUCACGAGAGAAGAUGCGUUGACACGGGAGGGCUACAGACACGCGUGUCACGUUUUGCUGUACGGAGACUCUAGUGCCAAGCUCUUCGGGAAAAUCCCAAUCAAACAUAUAGUACUGAUGCAGAUGCGUUUUGAUGGCUUGCUGGGUUUCCCAGGGGGAUUGGUGAACCCGUCUGAGGAGACCCUGGAGGCGGGGCUUAGCAGAGAGCUCCACGAGGAGGUGGGCGUGGCUGUGCCUGUGGGCGUGGACAAUCACGUGUCCUCCUGUCUUUCUCCAUCCUGCUCUCGGCUCAUCACGCACUUCUACAUCAAGAAGAUGACAGAGUCAGAGCUGAAAGAGUUAGAGCGAGCAGCCGUAGCUACAGCCGCAGACCACGGUUUAGAGGUAUUAGGUAUGGUCAGAGUACCCCUCUACUUCCUCAAGAAUGGAGGUGGUCUUCCCUAUUUCCUGUCCCACUCGUUCAUCAGCGACUCUCGGGCCCAGCUGCUCUCUGCCCUGCAGCGCUGUGGGCUGCUGUCCCAGGGGGAGCUGGAGAAGGCUGUGAAACAGGCCGAGCAGAUGAGACGCACACACAGCGGUGAUCCACACUGACAUCAGUUUACACAGCGGUGCCUUUUCACCCCUGGGCCACAGCUACAUCACAGUAGCCCAACCCCCUCACUGCCUGUAGAAACUCCCUCCUGUCCUCAUUCUACCUUGCUUUCCUGAUUCAAGCAUAUACUGCAUGUAUUCUCUGUAGAGAUCCUGUGACCUGUUUAACAGGGCCUUGGCUGUUAACCAAACAUUUACUUGUGACUAGAUUCACUUAAUUGGGAUUGUUAUUGUUUGGUAGUGUCUUUAUGUCCAUAUUCGGAUAUACCGUGGGAUGUUGCAAUAAUUAUACCUCAUAAUAUAAUUUUUUGUUAAUAUGUACUUAUAUAAUUUGCACAUGCAAAUGAAUAAUAUAUUAUUUCUGACGAGGCGCAUAAGAGAUUUAUACGCCAUACUGAUUUUGAAUUUAUCAGAUCUGUUCAUGAGAGUAAAAUAUUGUGCAUGCUGGUUGACUAAUAAAAAGCAGAAUGCUUAUAAGGCUUAUUUUUCGAAGAUUUCUUGCUAAUUUAAAUUAAAGCUAGGGUUUCAAUCACAGAACACAUGCAGUACUUAGAAUUGCCACAGAGUUGUGCUACCAGACUUUUUUUACAAGCAUGUCUGUAUAUUUGGCUGUGACUUUAUAAUGUCAGAGCCACUUGAUUUAAUUAUAAAAUUGUAUUCUAAUAAUAUUUGACAGAAUUGUAAAAAUAAAGAUUUUUUUAAUCUAC